AAAAUGAUAUCCCAUUUUUGCUUAUGAAAAAUAACAUCUCAUCCUGCAGCUCCCAUGUCAGUAAACCUUACCUUUACUAGACCCUUUAUUUGGAACCAGAAUAAGAAAUUAUUAUUGAAUCAAAAGAGAAUUGGUAAAAGAUGCUUGUUACUCCCAUCUAGUACGCAAAGAGCAGCUUGUUCUAUUCCUGGAGCAUACAAAAGACGCUUUCGUUUCGAGCAGGAAAUUGCUGUACUAAGAACACAGUUUGAAAAUAAGUUACGAAGUAACAAAGCAAUAACAAAUAUUUUCGAAUAUAACAACCGAGAAGAAUCGAUAAAGGAACUGCCUGGGAACAACACAAGAAAAGACACUGCUUUGAAAGCACCUUAUCUUAUAGGAGAUGAAACUCCAGUGGACUACUUGUUCGAACGUGUUCACAAAAUCUCAGAGUCGCAUUCUUCCUUAUCGAGUUUAGAAGCUUCAAGCCCAUCUAACGAAGUAAAACCUCCUGAAAGUUCCCAAGUUGCUAUGUCAGUUCCCAUGUCGUCCAUAAAGGCAGUAGAAGUUGGCAAGAAUCGAAAAGAUAUCGAAUGGGCGUCACAGAAAGGAGUAACAAAAACUUCUCGUGACAUUUCUAUAGAAGAAAGGAGCCAAACGACCUGGCCUAGUAUUUAUGCGCCCUACUCGAAAAGAAUGGAACAAGACAAAAGAAGAUCUAGAAACUACCUUUGGUUUGUUUCUGUUGCAAAGAGAUGGAUAAACUUAAUGUUCGUGCGAUUCCUUGUAUAUUAUUUGGUAGGAUUCUUUUCAAAGGUUUCCAAAGCGAGCACUGGGAGUGGAAGGAAAGAAGACAAGAAAUUGGGUUAACUUGCGUCUAAUAAAGUCUGUUUCUCUCAG